AUGCAUUAUUGGGUUCGGUCCAAGCAGGUAUGUUGUUUACACGGUGGAGUUUCAAAAACGCGGCUUGCCUCACGCCAUAUAUGUCUAUUCGUGCACUCUGAUUACAAGUUGCUUACUGUUAAACAUAUUUAUCGAGUUAUUUAUGCUGAUAUUCCAAAAAAAAAAGACGAGGAUCCAGAAUUAUAUGCACUUGUCAGCGAGUUCAUGAUGCAUGGUCCUUGUGGUGGUGAUAAUCCUAAAUGCCCAUGCAUGACUGAUAACAAGUGUUCAAAAAACUUCCCGAAGCCAUUCUUAGAUCAUACUUCUUUUGAUUCAAAUGGUUAUCCUAUAUACAGGAGACGUAAUGAUGGUUCAUUUGUUGAAAAGUCGGGUGUGAAAUUAGACAACAGAAGUGUCGUUCCAUAUCACAAAGUCCUUUUGAAAAGAUAUCAAGCUCACAUUAAUGUUGAAUGGUGCAAUCAGGCUGCUUCCAUCAAAUAUUUGUUUAAAUAUAUUAACAAGGAUAUUUGUGUGCAUGUGAAGCCUCGCUGCGGAUAUUUUGGAUUUGAUGUUCAUUACAGGUAUCCUUCUAUUGUUAGAAUUCCUUUCCAUCUUCCUGGACAACAAAAUGUUGUGUAUGGUGCAGACGACGAUAUUGACGAUGUCCUCGGCAAACAAUCUGUUUCUUCUUCAAUGUUCUUAGCUUGGAUGGCAUGUUUAUCGCUUACUGAGGAUCAACUUAAGAACUUGACCCUUUAUGAGAUUGAAAAAGUUUUACUCCAGAACAACUCAAGCCUCAAAGAUUAUUAUGGGAUGCCUUACCCUGAUCAUGAAUCUAUAUCUUCUUCAAACAAUCGUUUGAUAACCGAGGAGCUAGAUUUUGACAGGACCGUUCUACACAACGAGUUGAUUCAACUGAUGGAUUCAUUAACAGUUGAACAAAGAUGUGUUUUUGACGAUAUCAUGAAACAUGUUCAACAAAAAAAGGAGGCGUGUUUUUUGUAUAUGGCUAUGGUGGUACUGGGAAAACUUUUCUUUGGAAGACAUAAUCUACAGCCUUAA